AAGAGAAUGCAGAGAUCACGCUGGAUGUAUCCCUGGCCUAUCGUGAUGACAUGUUUGAUGACUGGAAGGAAAUAGCACAUGCAAUAGAGAUCAGGAAGCUGAAAUGCUCCUUCGGCUCACCAAAAACCCUGGAGUCCGAGGGCCGUCACUACGACUGUGACUUCCUGCCCUUCAUGGAGAUUGGCAGCGUGGCUCACAAGUACUACCUCAUCAACAUCCGCCUGCCCGUGAACGAGAGGAAGGGCAUCAACGUGGGCAUCGGGGAGAUCAAGGACAUCCGCCUCGUGGGCAUCCAUCAGAACGGAGGCUUUACAAAGGUGUGGUUUGCCAUGAAGACCUUCCUCACACCCAGCAUUUUAAUCAUCAUGGUCUGGUACUGGAGACGGAUCACGCUGAUGACACGUGCUCCUGUCCUGCUGGAGAAGGUCAUCUUUGCUCUGGGAAUUUCCAUGACGUUCAUUAACAUCCCUGUGGAGUGGUUUUCCAUUGGAUUUGACUGGACUUGGAUGUUGCUCUUUGGAGACAUUCGACAAGGCAUUUUCUAUGCCAUGCUCCUGUCUUUUUGGAUCAUCUUCUGUGGGGAGCACAUGAUGGACCAGAACGAGCGGAAUCGUCUCUCGGGGUACUGGAAGCAGGUUGGACCCAUAGCUGUUGGCUCCUUCUGCCUCUUCAUCUUUGACAUGUGUGAGAGGGGAGUGCAGCUGAAGAACCCCUUCUACAGCAUCUGGACCACUGAAGUUGGCACGGAGCUGGCUAUGGCCUUUAUUAUAGUUGCCGGAAUCUGCCUGUGUCUCUAUUUCCUCUUCCUGUGUUUUAUGGUCUUCCAAGUGUUCAGGAACAUCAGUGGGAAGCAGUCAAGCCUCCCAGCCAUGAGCAAGGCUCGUCGCCUUCAUUACGAGGGGCUGAUUUUUAGGUUCAAGUUCCUGAUGCUCAUCACCCUGGCGUGCGCAGCCAUGACCGUCAUCUUCUUCAUCGUGAGCCAGGUGACUGAAGGCCACUGGAAGUGGGGGGACAUCACGAUACAAGUGAACAGUGCCUUUUUCACCGGCAUCUACGGCAUGUGGAACCUCUACGUGUUCGCCCUCAUGUUCCUGUACGCGCCGUCACACAAGAACUACGGUGAAGACCAGUCCAAUGGUGACCUGGGAGUCAACAGCGGGGAAGAGCUCCAGCUCACCACCACCAUCACCCACGUGGAUGGUCCCACGGAGGUUUACAAGCUGGCUCGGAAGGAGGCUCAGGAGUAA